AUGGCUCGUCUCACAUCCCUCCUCCUGCUCGGCGCCAUCGGUGCCUCCGCCCACCCUUCUGGCCACGCCCGCUUCCACAACAAGCAGCGCUCCCAGAACCAGGAGCGCGCCAUCGGUGACACCAUCAACGCUGUCAUCGACGGUGUCGCCGUCUCCUGGGUCCAGACUGAGGACUACGGCGCCGCUGCCACCCCCGCCAUCGUCGCCGACAAGCCCGCCAACGCCGUCGCUGACGUGAAGGUCGCCGCCGCAGCCACCCCGGCCCCAUCCGCCUCGCCCUCGCCCUCGCCCUCUCCCACCCCCCAAGCCUCUUCCUCCGCGGCCGCCAAGUCCACCUCGGGCUCCGACUCCACCUCCACCGGCGAGGGCAUCACCGAGUUCACCAGCUUCACCGACCUCUGCAGCGCAGCCAAGGCCAAGCGCGCCACCCUCGACCAGAUCAAGUACGCUGGCAACACCGGCUCCAGCACUGACUACGGCUGCAACAAGGUCCUGCUGGCUAACUCGGACCUUGCCUCCGAGUACAACAACACCGCCAAGUUCUUUGGUGGCAGCGAGGAUAUGUACUGCCUCAUCUGGAACAAGGUCGGCGCUGAUGGUGGUAUCAACGGCUUCUUCGGACUCGAGGCCACCACUUUCACGCUGGCCGCUGGCUCCGAGCAGUACGUCGCCUUCGACAAGAACUCCCAGGGUGGUGGUGCCUGCUUCAAGGGCGCCAGCGAGUCCGACGUUGAGAAGACCUCCUACGGCGCCAUUGCCGGCACCUGGGCCGAGUGGGACUUCGAGAACGAGAGCAACAACGGCUGGUCUGGCUACGAUGCUUCUGCCAUUGUUGCCCAGGCUGCCGGCCUUGCCGUCACCGGCAUGGAGAUCUGCGCCGAGAACGCCCCCGACGCCCUCUGCUCCACAAUCGGCUCCGGUGGCUCCAGCUUCGUCAACGCCUACCGCGCUGUUGAUGCCGAUGCUGAUGGCAUUGGUGGCCAGGUCUCUGGCCCCAUGAAGAUCAACAUCGACCUCAGCGGAUUCUAA